GGGUGAUCAAAUAAAUAAAAAGGCUAAGCAAAAAUAAGAUUAGUACUGCUGAGUGGAUCCAUCCAGAGUUAAGUUGUCCGCGUUGCCAAACAAGAACGUGUCUGGCUUAAUCUCUUAAAUUAAAACCUCCCGCCUCGCCUCCCUUCGCCGCCGUACACUCGACGGACUACGAACGACGGUGGCUGAAAUCUCCCGCCCGUAAAUUUCUAUCCCCACCUGAUACUGAAGAAAAAAAAAGAUGGAGAACACUGGGAGCAUUAAGCAAGAAGCACCACCGUCUCUUCCUCCAGGGAUCUUCGAGAUACCGGGAGAGCCUGCUGUUGUUAUCAAUGGUGUACCUGAUGAACCUCAAACAGAUUGUAUGGUUGCCAAAGACGAACCAAUCUCAUCAUCAUCAUCAAGUGGCACUGUAGGAAGCGGCGAAUGGCUCGAGGGUAGACAAGUUCGCAAGUUUUUCUUGGGUCACUACUAUUCUGGUGUGGUGACAAAGUUCGACAAACAAUCUGGUUGGUAUAGAGUUGAGUAUGAAGAUGGGGAUUCUGAAGAUCUUGACUGGUCUGAGCUUGAAGAAGUACUUGUACCUUUGGAUGUUAUUGUCCCUUUGAGGUCAAUCUCGUUGCAGAUCAUCAAGAAUCGACAUAUGCAGGCCCAGUCUUAUGGAUACGCGCCACAGCGCUAGACCAAGAACUUCAACACGAAAGCGGUCUGCUUGUUUGUUGCUCAGAGGUGAAUAUGGUGAAGCAGGAACAAAGAGGUUGUUACACUCUCUUAUGCCUUAUAAUUGGUUAACAGUUGAAUAGUCUUUUGAAUCUAUCAUCGCUUGGAAUAUAUUAGAAGACUUUAGUGGAAUCAUGGAAGAGUAGAUACCAUUAGAGAUAUGAAACGUUUUUUUGUACGAUUAUCUCAAAUGCUAGACCAGUUAUAGCAGAUGAAUACUGACGUUUCGUUUUAAUUAGUCAUAUUUUUCAAAAUGA